AACUGUAUUUGGAGACCUAAAAUGAAGGGGCCAAACUGAAAGUGAAGAAGCCCAUAUAAAAACCGAAAUUGACUUCUUUGCAAGAAGCCGAGGCAUGUUUACGGUGGCUACAAAGUUACUCACACCUCCAAGACUAUUCAUUCCUCAUAAAACCUUCAGUUUCUCCUCCUUCACCCUCAUGGCCGCCGCCACUUUCUCCACCUCAGAAGCCCCUUUGAAAAGGAAGCUUUCUCCAACAAAGAUUGGCACACACAAUGGAAGCUUUCACUGUGACGAAGCACUCGGCUGCUUCAUGCUUCGCCUCACCAACAAGUACUCCGGAGCUGAAAUCGUACGCACAAGAGACCCACAGGUGUUGGAGACUCUUGAUGCUGUGCUUGAUGUGGGUGGAGUGUAUGAUCCUAGUCGAGAUCGGUAUGACCACCACCAAAAGGGUUUUGCUGAGGUUUUUGGUCAUGGGUUUACCACUAAGCUUAGCAGUGCUGGUCUUAUUUAUAAGCAUUUUGGUACAGAGAUUAUUGCAAAAGAGGUUCAGCUUGAUGAAGGCCACCCGGACGUGCAUAGGUUAUAUUUAGCCAUCUACAAAAGCUUCAUGGAGGCAAUUGAUGCAAUCGACAAUGGGAUCAACCAAUACGACACUGAUCAACCUCCAAAAUACGUGAACAAUACACACUUGUCAUCAAGAGUUGGAAAGUUCAAUCUUGAUUGGACUGAUCCAGAUCAAUCGUUCGAGAAGGAAAACGAAGCCUUCCAACGAGCCAUGGCUCUUGCUGGAACUGAGUUUCUAGACAGCGUUCGUUUUCAUGUAAGAUCAUGGCUCCCAGCGCGCUCAAUUGUCAUGGCAUGCCUUGCGGCAAGAACCGAUAUUGACCCUAGUGGAGAAAUCAUGGUUUUGGAUAGAUUUUGUCCUUGGAAGCUUCACUUACAUGAGCUUGAACAGGAGUUGAAGAUAGAACCAUCUAUCAAAUAUGUUCUUUACGAGGAUGAAAGGAGCAAAGGCUGGCGGGUGCAGGCGGUAGCAAAAUCCCCUGAGAGUUUUGAGAGCCGCAAGGCUCUUCCGUCUCAGUGGAGAGGGCUAAGAGAUGAUGAAUUAUCUAAAGAAACUGGGAUCCCGGGGUGCGUUUUUGUGCAUAUGAGUGGCUUUAUUGGCGGCAAUCACACCUAUGAGGGUGCACUUGCUAUGGCUCGAGGUGGCUUAAAACUAUAAGCAGGGCGGAGUAACUACAAAAUGAUUUCUCCAAUUUUUUGGAGUUUUCUAACUAAACAUAUUUGUUGGUUUUGGCAAUCAUUGUUCACAAGUGUGCUAGAUUGUUGAGUUAAACUACGGUGCAACUCGGGGAAGAGUUAACUAUUUUAAAGUUGUUUUAGUUUUACUGCAUUGGUGACUGGUAAAUUAUCACAUGUCAUUCGCUCGACUUGGAUGUGUUUGUGGGAGUAUACUCGACUUUAUUUUAA